UAAAUUAUGCGCCCACGUUGGGCGCCGACAAUAACUAAAUAGUCAAACGCUUUUCACAUUUUAUUCGCAACGCGCUCUUCAGUCAUGGAGAAGCUGAAUACCACAGUUGGCCACCCAAUGCCGUUAACAUUCGACCUGGGCAUCUGCCUUGAAGACUUCUGGCUGCAAUGUGCAUUGGCCCUGCUCAUCGGAGUGGCCAUGGGGUUAGUAUUGUGGCUAGUGCGUAUGUUUAUCCUGGGUCCGAUGUACCGCAAACCGAACCGAAUCGAUGGCAAGGUGGUCAUCGUCACCGGCUGCAACACGGGCAUUGGCAAGGAGACGGUGCUGGAGCUGGCGCGCCGGGGCGCCAAGAUCUACAUGGCCUGCCGGGAUCCGGUACGCUGCGAGGCAGCCCGCAUCGAGAUCAUGGAUCGCACUCAGAACCAGCAGCUGUUCAAUCGCAGCUUGGAUCUCGGCUCGCUGGAGUCGGUGCGCAACUUUGUGGCACGCUUCAAGGCCGAGGAGACGCGCCUCGAUAUCCUGAUCAACAAUGCCGGCGUCAUGGCCUGUCCGCGUACUCUCACCGCCGACGGCUAUGAGCAGCAGUUGGGCGUCAAUCAUUUGGGUCACUUUUUGCUUACUUAUCUGCUGCUGGAUCGGCUCAAGCAGGCGGCGCCCAGCCGCAUUGUGGUGGUCACCUCGUUGGCGCAUCUCUUCGGGCGCAUCAACCGCGAGGAUCUGAUGGGCGAGCGCAAUUAUCGCAGCCUGUUGGGCGCCUACACCCAGUCCAAGCUGGCCAAUGUGAUGUUCACGCGAAAGCUGGCCAUGAUGCUGAUGGGCACGGGCGUUACGGUCAAUUGCUGCCAUCCGGGCCUGGUGCGCACGGAUCUCUAUCGGCACUUUGUCGCUCCGCGCUGGUUCCUGAACACCCUUAGUGUGCUCUCACUUUAUUUCUUUAAGACGCCGCGUGCCGGGGCCCAGACUCAGCUAUAUUUGGCCCUGGAUCCGGCAUUGGCCAAUUGCACGGGUUGCCUAUACGCGGACUGUGUUCGCUGUCCGCUCGUGCCCAGGGCACGUGACGUGGCCACCACCGACUGGCUCUGGCGCGAGAGCGAGAAGCUUGUGGGCUUGAGCCCAGCAAAACGGCAUGCAACCAACAUUACAAUGUGGUCCGACGCCUAAAUCGUUGAUUGAAUAAUCGAAUGGGAGGACAGUGAUUGGGGGAUGUGCCUGGGCAAGGCCAGGUUUUGGGAUGGGACUCAGAAGGCAAGGAAAACGGAAUGCAGGUGAAAGAUUUUCAGCAGUCAAUAUUGGACAGAUACAAUUAUAUGCUCUUAAAGCCACUUUUGAUUAGGUAUCCAAUAUCAAAACCCCUAAAGCCCCUCAUAGCGUAGAACGUUUUGAGUCCUACAAUUUCCCAUGACUCAACCAUAGUCCCUUUUUGUAUACCCGUGCAGAGGAUAUUAUAAUUUUGUCGUGAAAUGUGUAACGCAUCGAGGGAGAAAACAUCUCCGAUCCCAUCAAGUAUAUAUAUAUAUAUUCUUGAUCAGUAUCAAGAGCCGAGUCAAUAUAACCAUUGUCCGACUGUCCGUCUGUCUGCUUCUAUGCGAAGCUU